GGACAGGCGGCGGAAUUCUAAAUCUGGCGCUGCCGACGAUCCUCUGCAGGUCGAAGCGGCCUUGGAGAUCCCACAGCUCGAGAGACGGUCGGAGGACCGAACUGCGGCAUCGAGAGAAAGCUUCAUACGCUCGCUCGUGACUCUCAGCGAGUAGUCGUGAGUUCCAGGGAACUUGGAUUGAUUGAGUUCGGCUGAGUCCGAGAAUCGGUGAUGUCCACGAUGAAUUUCAAAGCUCUCUCUGCUUGUUGCCUCAUGCUUCUACUGCUCGGGGAUGGUGCCCGUAGCUUGGCCGCGACGGUGAUAAACGUACGUCUAGAUGGAAGUGGAGAUUACACAACAGUUCAGGAAGCGGUUGAUGCUGUACCCACUUCGAACAAAGAGCGAGUGACGAUUCGAAUUUUCUCCGGGAUCUAUUUGGAAAAAGUGUACAUUCCCAGCAACAAGCCGUACAUUACUUUCAAGGGGUAUGGGCUCACAACGCCGGUUAUAUCGUGGAAUGACAACGCCACAACCGCCGGGUCAACUUGGGCCACGAGCACUGUUGCCAUAGACGCCAAGAAUUUUAUUGCCAGGAGGAUUUCUUUCAAAAAUACUGCUCCUCCGCCAGCAGCGGGUGCAAGUGGAGGUCAGGCCAUAGCGUUGAGAAUCUCGGGUGACAAGGCAGCGUUUUAUAAUUGCGAAUUCUGGGGAGCACAGGACACUUUGUGCGACAUGCAGGGUCGCCAUUACUUCAAAUCCUGCUUCAUCCAGGGAUCUAUCGAUUUCAUCUUCGGCAACGGGCAAUCUAUCUACACUGGAUGUCAUAUUAACUCCAUAGCGAAAACAGCAGGAUCCAUAACUGCUCAGUAUCGGCAGAGCACCACUGACGUGACAGGAUUCUCUUUCGUCAACUGUAAUGUAACCGGGACUGGCUCAGUGUAUCUGGGACGUGCAUGGGGAUCUGCUGCCAGAGUGGUUUUCUCUAGCAGUGUCUUGGGUAGCCUCGUCAACUCACGCGGCUGGAACGAUUGGAACAACGCCUCCCUAGACUCAACUGUGUACUUUGGAGAGUACAAUAACACGGGGCCCGGAGCUGACACAUCUAAACGCGUGAGCUACUUUUACAAUCUUUCAGAGGACGAGGUGACGAGUUUCGUCGAUUUAAGCUUCAUUAGUGCCAAUGAUUGGUUCGACUCGACCAUGUACUAGGUCACCCAAUCUUUGUAAAAUCUCUAUUUAUACAUUUAAACCUAGAUUUAGACAUGAAGAAAUUGACGAGGAUCAUUCAAGUUAGCAACCAUGUACUAGCGACCUUCAACAUGUCAUCCAGUUACUUUAUGUACACUAGAUUUAAAUCUUAGUAUCGAUAUGAAACUAGGAUCAAUGUUCGUGGGUUUGUGGAUUUGGCUACAGCCAAGAUUGCAAUAAAAACGGGCUCUCCCUCUUGUUGCC